CGGAAAAGGCCUCAAAUUCCUACAAUAAUUUUAUGUUUUCGGUCAAAUUAUCCCAAUACGAAUCACAUUUUACUUGGGCGAGGCCACAGACAACAAGAACAACAGCCCUUCCCCUCCGAUCCCUCUCUCGCUCUCUCUGCUGUUCAGAUUCCUCUUCCCGUCCCAUUCUCUGUUUUUGAAUCUCCAUCCUUAUCCGUAUCUCCUUCCCGACUUCUCUGUCAAUUCACCCGACUCGUAUCAUCUGUAUACGCAUCCGGGUUGCAUCUACGCGGCGGCGCUAAGAGGCAAUUCGGAGGGCCGAAUCAACUUUCCGGCCAGUCAACCGGCCGAAGUUAAGAUUCCGCGUUGCAUUCUUCCGAGGAAGUCCGUCUGAACUGAAUCUGAAUUGUUGUUGCGGCUGUGCAGUUGGCGGCUAAGACCUAGGGUUUGUGCUGAAUAGCAAUUAAGAUUUGCUGUGUUUGGGAAAUCCAAUCAGUGAGGUAUGCCUAGGAGUUCCAAGAGUAAAUCGCACAAGCAGAGCAAGCAUAGUUCGAAGGAGGCGAGGGAGUACUCGGACUCGGAGGGCGAUGUGAAGAUGAAGGACAAGAGCAUUAAGGAGGAGAGUUCCGCUAGGGCUUCUAAGGAUUUGGCCCAUUCUGCUUCUGGUGAUAAGCGCAAGUUUUCUUCUCAAACGAGAGAGGGGAAGGAUGGCAAAGAUCUGAGCAGUCAUGUGAAUGGGGAGGUUCCUGAGGAGUAUGCCUCUUCCAAGAGGCGAAAGGAGAAGGUGGAUGGAAGUGGCGGCAGUGAUAGGUGGAAUGGUGGUGUGGACGAGAGUGUUGAUGUUAGGAUUGUAGACAAAGAGGGCAAGGGGGGAAAGCCAGCAAGUUCAAAAACUGACCAGGACAAGGGAUUGAGGCAGAAGGAAGCAAAAGGUUCAAGCGAAUCCAGGAGUAAAAGUAGUAAAAAGCAUGAGAUUGGCGGUGCUGGUGAGAAAAAGGAGGAGAUUUCAGCCCCAGGAGCGGAGAAAGAAGAUGCUAAGAGCGGAAAGAGUAGUGAGUCAAAGAGGAAACCAGAAAUAGAUUCUGUUCGAAAAGAGAGCACCAAUGUGAAGGAAAGGGAUCACGGUUCAGAAAGGGAGAGGAAGCGUGAAACUGAUACAGAAAAGAAGCUGCGGUCCCAGGCUGGUGAUGUUGGAGAGGAGAAGCAAGGAAAACGCCAUAAAGAACAUACUGAUCGAUCAAUGCGCAGUGAAGUGCGCCAUUCUGAUCUGGAUAGAGACACCGAGAAAAAGAUGCGCAAGAGAAGCGAUGGUUCUGCUGGUCGAGAUAAGUAUGAUGAGGAUCUAAUUGAAAUUGAUGAGAAACAGCUGUCUUCAAGAGGUGGAGAGCGCACUAAAGAUGAAAGACACAGAGAUUCAAAACAUAAAGAUGGAGGCUAUAGAGAUAAGCACCGGGAAGAUGGUGAUAGAGAUGAAAGGCAUACUAAGGAUGAAAAGUACGAAGCUGAGAAAGACAGAAGACGCCGUGAGGAUAAAUACCGGGAAGAUGGUCAUAGUAGUAGAGAUAAUAGGCAUAAAGAUGGCAAGUACCGUGAUGAUGGUGAUAGAGAUAACAGAUAUAGGGAAGAAAAAUAUCACCAGCAUGAAGAUAGAGAUAACAGGCACAAAGGAGGGUACCGAGUAGAUGCAGAAAGAGAUAGUCGGCACCGAGAUGAUAAGCAUCGUGAAGAUAACGAGAGGGAUGGAGAUGACAAAUACCAUCCAGAAGAUAAAAAUAAGGAUAUUAACCGCCGUGAUGACAGAUAUCGUGAAGAUGGUGAGGAAGAUAGACAUAGGGACAAUAAGUAUGGGGACGAUGUUGAGAGAGAUGAUAGGCACAAGGACAAAAAACAACAUAUGGAGGAUUUUGAAAAGGUUAGUAUGCACCACCGGGAAGGGAAGCAUGGAGACGAAUCCGAUAAAGAGAAAAGGCUGAGGGAGGCAAAGUACACAGAUGAGCACACCCAAAGAGACCGUUCAGGAGAUAGAUCUGAUGCAAAGUUUUCAAAAGAUGAGACUCAUAUUACUGACAGUCUAUCUAGGAAAGGAGGUGUUCACGAGAAUACUAGCCCUAAUUAUGAUGACCGGGCACCAAGAUUCAAAGAUGAUCAGGGAAGGAGAAGAACUGAUGAUAAGGAGGAUCGUAGUGACUCUAGAUUUCAGAAUUCCAAAGAUCAAUAUGAUCUAGAAAAGCGGUCUGGCACUGUUGCUCGAGUGGACUUGGGCAGUGACCGGGUUAAAUCCUCCUCAAGGAAUAGUGAUUUAGAACGAACUUCAAAUCAUAACAGAAGAAGCUCGCCUAGUAGUGCCCCUUAUAUGUCAAGAGAUCAUUACAGGCAAUCAAAGCAAGAAGGUUCAAAGUACAGGGACCAUGCUUAUGAGGAUAGAGCUCGACGCAGUAGAGAUUAUUCUGGAUCGGCUGGAGCAUUGGAUAAAAUAUCUUCAACAAGAUCUGCAGAAAAAGCUAUUCAAAAGGACGACAACUAUUUAAUAGAUGGUUCAGCUGAACGGCGUCUGAAAUCUGAUUCUAGAAACUCCUCAAUUCAGGUGGUGGAUAAGUCCCCUUCAUCGACAAGUAAUGAUCGAAGGCAUCUAGGGAGAUCUGAAGUUAAGAGAAGCCUUGACGUUGAAGAUUUUGCACUGAGAAGUGGGUCAAAAGAUGCAGCAAAAGAUUUCUCUGGCAAGGAAGGCAGAGGAAAUCGUGAUCCUCCCAUGGAUGGAUUUGCAGGCCAUGAACCUGGCCAUCAAGAUGGGGAUACUUUAUCUGUUUCUUCACCUUUCAUCAGAGGUGGCAGCCAUGUAUCAGGAGGCAGCACAAGGUUGCCCCCUCCUCUCCCUUUUAGGCAAGGUAUUGAUAGUUCUUCAGUGGUCAGCUCUUCUGAAGAUGACUUUAGAACCAAGCCAGGUAGCAGGCAUAGAAGGGUCGGUGGUGGUGAGUCAAAUGUUGGGAGAUUCCAAGGAAAUUCUUGGAGAGGAGUUCCUAGUUGGCCUUCCCCUGUUGGUAAUGGUUUCAUCUUCCAACAUGCUCCACCUCACGUCAGUUUCCCCCCGGUAAUGCAACAGUUUCCUGCCCCACCCAUGUUUGGUGUCAGACCCUCGAUGGAUUUGAAUCACCCUGGACUCCCUUACCAUAUGCCACCAGAUGCUGAUAGAUUUUCCAACCAUGGGCGCCCCAUUGGAUGGCGAACUCCUAUGGAUAGUUCGUGCUCCCCAUUUCAUUCUUGGGAUUCUAACAAUUCUGUCCUUGGUGAUGAGGCAAACAUCUAUGGGAGGCCAGAGUGGGACCAGUAUAGGAACUUGCCAAUGAAUCGGAACUGGGAGCAGACUAGUGACUUGUGGAAGGUGGGGCCAAACAGGAGUGCUAGUCUGGAGAUGCAAUCUGCUUCUCACAAAGAGGCUCAUUCAGGACAGGGACCAGGAGGAGAUGAAUCUUUGACUUGCCAGUCAGGCCAGCAUUCUCAGAGUGAGCAAAAGCAUGCCGAUCUUGAGGUUGAGAGCAAUGUUUUUACUCAGUCAACUGAUCCUACUGAGAACAAGAAUAUUCCAGAAGAUUUGACAAAUCUACCUCAAGAACCAUGUAUUAGUGAUUCUAAGUUGUCAAGAAAGAAUGACUCUUGUUUUUGCCUAGCUUACCUCGCCAAGCUUGACAUUUCUGCUGAUCUUACUGAACCUGACUUGUAUGAACAAUGCAAAAGCCUUUUACUUUCAGAUGACACCAUGGUAGCUGAUGUAGAUGUUCCUAUAAGGCUGUAUCUUGAGCCUCAGGAGGAAGGUAAGAUAGCUGCAACAAAUAGACUUUCAUGGACAUCACUUUUGCCUGCUGCAAGUGAUUCUGUUCUUGAGAAAGCAAUGUCCUUGUACAAGGAGCAAAGAGCAGAUGUUAACGUCUUCAUAAAUAUACAACGUAAAUCCUCUGUAGCACUGGAUGAUAAAGAUAAAGACUCCGCAGAAGACGUUUUUGCUGAUGGACUUGUGGCCAAGCAAAUACAUCCUAAUUCUGAUGAGGGUGUGAUCCAAGUUAGUCCCGAGACGAAGGUAGAGGGGUCCAAAAUAUUCACGGAUCACCACCCUGUGAUUGAGGGCCUAGUAGAGAGAAUUAGCAUGGAGGUGGAUGUAGCAGAGGAAAAUGGUGAUAAGGUGGCCACCAAGCCUACAGCAGUAGUGGAUGGAGGAGGAGGACCUUGUGAUGAGCUUUUACCCGAUGUGACAGAAGAUUUGACAACUAAAAUGGGCAAGCCUUUAGGCAAUCACUCCCCUAAAUCUGAUCCUCCUUUGCUUUGUCCUGCUGAGGCUUUUGAGGUAGUGGUGCCUGUAGAGUCCGAGUCAGUAAUCUUAAGUCGGAUACAUCAUUCUCCUGAAAGUACACAUUGAGACAUUUAUUUUUUCCGUUUAAAGCUUCUUUUGAAAAUGCCUUUAUCUAUUUGAUCCCCUCUAUGUGCGCUGUGGUGGUUUCUCUUUUUGCUAAUCAAUCAAUAAAACUAUUGAGCUCUGAAUUUGCU